CUCUCUCUUCACAAAGCCUCAAAAGUCUCAGAGAGAUUAGGGCUAAAAUCAUUUUCCAACUUCGACGACACGAUUCAUCUUCUCCAAUAAGAUCGAAAAAAAUAAAAGAAAUGGAUACUUCAAGUCCUUCGGCUUUUGUGAACGGAGCUUUGUUGAGGCGAUACAUUGGUCAAAAGGUCAGAACUGUGAUUCAAGUGAUCGGUUCAGACACUGGCUCUGUGGUCGGGAAAUCUACUGAUGAUCUUCAGAUCGUUGUUAGGGGACCGUCUACAACUCCUCCUCUUACUACUUACCUUGAGGUUAUUGGAAUUGCUGAGAGUGAUAACUCCAUUCGUGCUGAGACUUGGACCAAUUUUGGCAACACUUUUGAUCCGCAGAAUUACAAUGAGCUAUGUAAGCUAGCAAGUGGGGAGUUCAAGCACUUGUUCAUCUAAUGUUGUUGUUGUUGUUGUUGUUGAUGAUCCUGAUCAUCCAAGUGAUUCCAUUAAAACCUUUUGUAGAUGCUUAUGCCUUAAUUAUGUCACCCCCAAACCUUUCCUGGUUCUGAGAUUUGCUUUUUAUUUUUUUAACUUAGUCUAUGUAACCAUUUCUUAAUCUAUUACAUUGCCAUUUUUUUU